AUGCUACCAUCACCGCUUCGAUGGGCGUGCAGCCUGGUGCUGCUCUCCGCGGCACUGCUCACCACCACCGCCGAGGCGGCGCUCUUCGCCAAAAACUCCAAAGUGACCAUCCUCGAUGCGUCCAACUUUAAGCGCGAGGUGCUCGACAUUGAGAAACCCACCAUGGUGGCUUUCACCGCGCCCUGGUGCGGCCACUGCAAGAACCUCGUCCCAGACUACACGCGCGUCGCCGCUCAGCUCGACGGCGUCGUCAAGCUCGCCUCGAUCGACUGUGACGACGAGAAGAACAAGCCCACUUGCGGCAAGUACGGCAUCCAGGGCUUCCCCACCCUCAAGCUCUUCCCAUCGACAAAGAAGAGGUUACCUAAAGACUACCAGGGCCCGAGAUCGGCCAAGGACAUUGCUGCGUACAUGGUCGAUGCGCUCCCGAUGGGCGCGAAGAAGCUGAAGCCGGAAGAGCUGCAGGAGUACGCGGAGGGCGAGGCUGCGACGCCCAAGGUGAUUCUGUUUUCCAAAAAGGCGACCAGCUCGCCGCUGUACAAGAGUCUCGCGCUGGACUUCCGCAAGAGCUUGUCGUUCGCGUUCCUGCGUGGCGACCAAAGACCGGUCCAGGCUGCAGCGCGGAUUCAUCUCGGCGUGGAUGUGAGCGAGGACAAGCUGCCCUUGCUCAUCGUCGUACCCGCGCGAAGCGACGAUGGAGAGUUCGACAAGGCAUCGAUCAAGAAAUACACCGGCGCGCUCAAGUAUCAUGAGCUCAACGCUUGGAUCAAGGAGACUGUCCCGGAGGCCAAAUCGGGCAAGGUCAGGAAGCCAUCCAAAAAGCCGCAACUCAAGAAGCCGACAGUCAAGAUCGACGAGGAGAUCCAGGAGGUUCCUGAGGGGGCAAACCGGGAGUGGCGCGCCGAGGAGGACAUGACGGAGGAAGAGAAGAAGAAGAAGAUGGAAGAGCUCGCCGAGAUGCUCAACACGGCCAUCAAGCAGGGCAAAGAUCUUCGCGAGGCUAAAGCUGCUGCUGCUGAGCCGGAGUCCGUCCAGAAGAAGAACGAGGAGGCUGCAGCCAGCACUGAGACGGAUACACCCUCCACCGGACCCAACAGCGAUGAGAGCUCCUCCUACUCUUCCUCCUCCUCGACCGACGCAGACGACACGACUUCGAUCGACCACAGCGCCUCCUACGCUUCUUCCGGCGACAACCCAGACUCGCUCAAGGAGAACCUGCAACGCUGGCUCGAAGGCGAGCAAGUCGACUGGUCGUCCGAGUACAGCACCCAGUUUUCCGACGCUCACAAAGCAGCGGAGAAGCUCAUGGCCGAAGACCCGGACAAGGCCGAACAGAUGGCGCUCGAGAGCGAACGCUGGCUCGCCCAGUACCUCGUUUCCGAUCUCGACAUGAUGAAGAUCGCCAGGGAAAAGGGCAAUCAGGAUCCCUCCUUGAACGACGACAAGAUCGAAAGGGUCGAAAAGAUGUACAAUGAGAUCCUCAAGAGGAUCGAGGUGCGCGAGCAGAAGUUGAAGGACAAGCCCAGCGCGGGGGCGAGCCAGGAGGAUGUGCCUGAAGAGCAAGCCAAGGCGCCCCAUGACGAGCUUUGA